GUUCCUUAGUACGCGUAAAUAUUACAACAGUAAGCCGCGUAACAAAUCGUAAAUUAAUUGCAUAAAUACGUUACUAUGAAAACAUAAAAAACUAUAUUUACUCCGUUGUUGCAAGAUGGCAGCGUACUAAUGCAAUGCUUUGGUGUAUCUUCACUACACCGAAAAUAGCAAAGCACGAAGUGCACAAUUUCACAUGUGCAUCCUGACACGAAGGAAAGUCUCGUGACAUUUUUUACUGAACAAAAAUGGCGAUGGAACCGAAAACAAGAAGUGUGAUGCACACCAUGCUUUUCUUCACUAUCCUCAUGGUGCUUCUUCCGAUAUUCUCAUACUUUUUUUCCAAAACCUUUGUGUUUGAAGGGUUGCUUGGUGUUACACAGGCCAACAGCUAUUUCUGUGCAGCAGUUGUUGCCAUUGUUAUUGUCCACAUCAUCCUUGGCUGCUUCAUUUACGUUGCAUUCACAGAAGAUGAUACACCAAGACCAGAAUUUAAACAAGAGUUGAAGCAAGAUUAAUCCACUGCCUCACCUUCAUUUUGCCAUUGCACUAAUAUUUAUGAUGCUUUACAUUUUACACUGCAGAAUGGAAAAGAUAUUGUAAAAUAUUUUUUGGAAUUAAGUCUCUUAGCAUAUUGUAAAAGGUAUAUCCCUGACACCUGGAUGAUGAAGAAAAACUAUAGCGAUUCAGUGAUGAGAUUAUCAGUCUGCAGUGACAGAGCGUUUGGGAGUUGGGUGUGGUGACUGGUCUUGCUGUUGUGGAUGGCAUUGUCAACCCCAUUUGUCUCAAAGAUCCUGCCAUGUCAUUUCUUGAAAUCAUGUGUGUCCAAUUAUUGUGCUUUUCCCUAGUACUUUUUUAAUGUUGUCUGUAAAGGUUUAAAUGAGAUGAUCUCAGCUGGAUGAAACCGACAUGAUUUUAUAGUGGUUUGAUUGGGUUUUCUUUCAUUUCUUUGAAAUGGGAGUGGAAAAGGGCAGUGAAGAAAAAAUGGAAAGCUUUUUACACAUUUUUUUUGAAUUCAUAAACACCUAGCUGUUCAAGUUUGUAAAUGUUUUUAAAUUCAAAGUAAAUGACAUGCACACUGCCAAAACAUUACGCUUGUUCAUGCACCAUCUUACAAAGCUUUGAAAUACACUGGGCAUUUCUGAUUUUGGAAGUGGACAUGUUAGCUGCCAAAGAUGUGAAUUAAAAUAAAUGAUUUUUGAAACUGACUUAAAGACAAAUGCUAACAAGAAAUGAGCCACUCAGUAUAUUGGUAGAAGCAUUAAAUCUUUUACAAAAAUAACAUUGUAAUAUUUUGACCCUAUUCUCAAGACUGUUUUCUGCAUGAAAUGUUUUAAAAGCUUAAUUGUUUGCUUUUGUGUGAUUAUUAAGAAGACUGAAAUAGAGUACUAUCACACCUCAAAUUUUAAUUUCUCUAUUAUUCAAUUAUAGUACUAAAUCCACUUAAGCCAGAUAAUGUAAACUGUUCUGUACUCUAAAUCAAAUUGGGUGUACAGUCCCAUAUGAACACUGGUAGUUUUUACUUUUUCACUUUGGUGAAAUAGUCAUUUGUAAAUUAUUUUUCUGAAACACUCCUUCAUUCCAUUCAAAGUUUUUUUUCUUAUUGCAUUUUUGUGCGUGUGCAAUUGAUGACUGAGAGGAUUGCCAAAGAAGUGGUGGAAUUUUAAAGAGCAGAAAAAAAAAAAUUACAGGAAUACUUGAGCUGGUUGUAAUGAGGAGCCAUUAGCUAAUCAGUAUAAUUAGAAGUUAAUAAUUUCCCUAGAUGGUGUCAUCUGUCAUUUUUAAACUAAAAGUGUGAGUUUCUUUCCUAAGCAUGAAACGUUAAAUUCUUUCAUUAGUUUUUAAUUAAAUUUUUUUCUAAGGAAUGUGAACAACUUUAAAUGUAGAAUAAUCGGAAAUACAGAUAACGGUAGGCUGUGCUAAAUUUUGUCAUAAGAGAAAGUCAUAUAAUUGUGAUGAUCACAUUCCUUGCUUUUGUCAAAUAAAAAACAUACAGUA